AUGAACUGGCUCAAGGCAAAGGGCUGUGAAUGGGUCAAGGUCGAGGCUGAGCCCGGGGACCUGCUUCUGGGAUUCGCACACGUCUCCUCUGAGUCCAAUCAGAACCGAUUCGCCGUGUAUACAUGCUACAUGCCUGUCGCUGAUGCAACCAAGGAGGAAUUGGAGGUCAAGAAGAAAGCCUUCGAGGAGACCAAGAUGACUACUCACUGGCCGAAUGCAAAGCAUGUAGUUGAACUCCCUGUAACGCGCAAUGGAGAACCUGAUCCAUACCAGCGCACGAGCCCUCGGAAGCCUGUUCAACUGUCUGAAAGAGGAUACAAAUUGACUGGUAUCCCGUAUCUGGAGACCAUGGCGUGA